AACACUUUAGAUAUAUUUUUGAACAAACAAUAAGAUGAUUCAGUAAUUGUGAUAAUAAAGUUGGUCUGUCUGUAAAUUUGAAUUUUCAUCUAUAUAGCUUUAACAGGUUUUUAUGAUUAAAUUCUUUCUAUAAAUUAUGGAACGUUGGGGUGUCAUAGGGUUUGCUUUGGUGUGUAUUGCAAUACGUACGGGGUCACAGUCUAUUGGCAAAACUCCAAAGCUUGCAGUCGUGGGAGACAACGUGCCUCUUGAAUGCACCGGUGCAGACGAUAAAAGAGAGGUUAAUUGGACAAGCCCUAAUGGUGACAAACUAACACAUGGUGAAAAAGUGCUGACGCUUGACAAUCGGUUUGAAGUGCAUCACAAGUUACGGUGGUAUUUGCGCAUAAACAACGUGAGCAUCUCAGAUAGCGGCGAUUAUGUCUGUGUCAGCAACGGCGAUCAUCAACACGUGAUAGAAUUAGUUGUCAAUGAAUCUGUGACAGAUAAUUUAGUGUCUACUACACAGUCAACUACUACUACACAGUCAACUACUACUACACAGUCAACUACUACUACACAGUCACCUUCUACUACACAGUCACCUACUACUACAGAGUCACUUACAACGGACCCCAGUAAAUGCUCUGAUACACGACCAUGUAACAAUUCUGGCUCCUGUGAGAACGGCUCUUGUAUCUGUCACAGCAACUUUACAGGUAGUUUUUGUGAGUUAUCAACAGAAUGUGAUGUUGGUUAUUGUCAGAUAAACAACACUGCAAAUUGUACAAAAGAACUUAUCAAUGGUGAAUAUGUCAACCAGUGCAAAUGUCUUCCUUUCUAUAAAGGAGCAAAGUGUGAAAUUCACGAUCUUUGUAAACGCGAGCCAUGUGAGAACAAGGGUAUGUGUACGCUAAACUAUCCUGAGGAAGGCUAUGAAUGCGACUGUAAGUUAGUUGGUGACCCGAACAACAACUGUAAACUAAACACAUUCGAUGAGUGUAGCAGGCAGCCACCAUAUCCACCAAAAAGUUUCAUAACAUGUGUGGACCUGAUAGAAUCUCGCAGAAUGUACUGCAAUCCUGGAUACUCAGGUUAUGCUUGCAGAGAUAUUGUUGACGUCGGAUUAUUCUGUGACCGUAAUGGUCCCGGGUCCUGUUCAAACGAAGGAUAUUGUAAGCCCCUCUGCAAUGUGGAUAUAUGUAAUGGAACAGACAACUGUAAGUUCACGGCGGACCCUUUCAAUACGGAUGGGUUUAAAAAUAAUACAGAUUGUAUAAGAUCAUUUGGUGAUGGAUACACUGACCAUGCUUGUAAUUCUGAAGAAACUUUGUUUGAUGGUUUUGACGCAGUGAUAAAUGUACAAAAAGACUGUAGUCCAUUUUUCAACACUACAUGCACCAUUGAUUUUGGUAACACAUAUUGCAAACCUGGCUGUGGUACGAAGGAAUGUCUUUGGGACGGCUACGACUGCGAUAAUGACGAGCGACCUGAAAAAUCUCUGACUGGUGUAGUAGUUGUUGAACUGAAAGGCGAUCUAGAACACCCAAUUGAAGAGAUACAGAAGAAUAUAUCUUUGAUGUUACGGUCAAUGGUGAACCUUACAGAAGAAGACAACAUAAACAGCACAGACACCAUCCUGUCACUUAAGAUAAAGGAAGGAGAAUUUACUAAGAUAGAAUAUGCUGGGAAGUUUCUGGCUGCUGCUGUUGCUAAGCGACCAGGCUGGCUGGAUCAUGUGAAAAUAAAAGAUAUUUACGUGUGUCCGGCUGGGAUGUAUGGGGAAAAAUGCAAAAACAACUGUAGCACUUGCCAAAAAACUGAAGAAAUUUGUAAAUGGCAAGAUGGAGAGUGCUUAUAUGGUUGCCCGAAAGCCCAUCGAGGACAAUUUUGCGAGCCAUGUGAUAUGUGCAAAGAUGAAGGUGAAGUUUGUGACCCGAUGACUGGAGAGUGUUUGCAUGGCUGCAACCGCGGAUACUGGGGCAAUAACUGCUCGCCUUGUAGGAUGUCUUGUAAGCAAGAAGGAGAUGUUUGUAACAACGCUACAGGAGAAUGUCUUCAUGGAUGUAUCAGUAAUGAGUUUUAUACUUCAUGGUGUAAAAAGUGCCCUCAAAAUUGUACCGGAGGCUGCGAUGAUAAAGGACACUGCAACGCUUGUUCAGUUGGAACAUAUGGUGAAACGUGCAGUAAUUCGUGUGAUAAAUAUUGUCAAAAUGAAACAUGCGACCGUGUUACGGGUCUUUGUGACUGUCGAUCAAAUUACUUUUGGUCUUUAACGGAUAAAAUGUGUAACCGGUGUGGUGAAGGCUGCAGAGACAUAUGUGAUGGAACUUCAGGUAACUGCCGAUGUAAAGAUGGUUACUAGGGAAAAAAAUGUAAUUUUAUAUGAAAU